UCCUUUCUCAUCGCGAAAUGUUCAGCGUUGGCCCCCGCCUGCUGCCGACCCAGAGAAUCCUGGACGAUGACAUGCUCGAAUUUACCUCGACUCUUUGCGUAUGUUCGUCGAAUGGGCAAGCAUUCGCUUCUCAUCACUACUAGCUGUGCUGGCCCUGGUCUCACCCUUCUUGAUGUGACACAAAAUGAGUUCACGUCAGCUUCGCCACGUGCGGAGAAUGAUCUACAGCAGUGCUGCUGACAUGCGCGCCUAUUCCUUUCUCACCAACUCACCGUCGCGCUUCUGCGACUAAAAUCAUCAUGACCGAUAAUCGCGCCCAGACACUCGAGGCGAACCUCACAUGGCCCCUUCGACCCGUACUGACAUCCCUCAACGGCGACAACUCGUGGCUCUUUAGCUUCCCUCGCCCUGAACAGGACGGUCACGCCAAGUACUUCUACCACAUCGCCUUUGAGCCCUGGCUGACAGGGCCAACGACGAAAAUUUCAUCAUGGCUGGUGCACAUCUCGUUGAAGACUGAGGCGGCCAUGGCGCAUGGCGAUGCUGUCCAGGAAGCGGCGGGCGCCAUCGAGCAAGCGGCGGCGACUGUGGCCAAGGAGCACAACGGCGUCGUCCGAGUCCGCAGUGAAACCCAGGGAGACGGAUACAACGGAGUAGUGGAUGCCAUCUUCCUCUUCCUUGACGAAGUCGAUCAUUGCCACCGCCCAACGCUCGAGACCUUUGACAAGCGCAUCCCCUUCAUCGGGUCGAAGGAGGUUGUCGCCAAGGUUUCCGCGUGGCAACACUUUGAAAGCAUCACUACGCUGACGGAACUCGAUGCGUCCCUGGAAACCUGGCAGGGCGAUAAUGUGCGCCCAUCGCCAUUUCCCGAGUGGUUGACGGCAUUCAAACUGCCGGGGGAGAGCUUCCUGAACUUUGUCGGUGUCUUUGUUUGGACACACACCACGGCCUCUGGCGAGGUCAUCCAUGAAUCGAUCCUAGAUUCACCGCAUGGUAACGAGUCCCUGUAUCAAGACAGCUCCCCCAUCAACGCGUUCUUGGCCUCGAAGCCCCCCACGAAGCAACUCGCACUCCUCCACGGGCUCAAGGAGUCGUUCACCACCCGAUUCUGGCGCACGACGCACGGUGCCGAGGCUGGACUGAGGAUGUAUCGUAAAACGAAGAGCAAGUACUGGAUCAUGUCCCACGAGGCCGAACUUGGCUAUCAAGGCGUGGUACUACGGGCGACGACGUUUGACACGGCACGGACGCUUGACUGGGCGCUGGAGCGCGAGGGAGGCAAAGAUGUGGAUUUCAAGGAUGUUGGGAACGGUAAUUCAUUUGUCAUGGUGUAGUUGACUGUAUAUGGAGGUUUGAGCGUGCAGCGAGAUGUUUGGUUUCUUUUUACAUGUCUAUUGAACGG